GGGCAGUGGGGAGGAGAAGCAGAAGGACUGGGUCUGGAGGAGCAGCUCAAGUUCUAGCUAGCUGCAGUGGGUUUGCCUGCACUCUGCUCUGGGUCCCAGCCCGGGCCUCUGAUCAUUAUCCAUCCUGCUGUCUCCAGUCCCCACUCCUGGGGCGUCCUCUUCACCCUACAUUCUUUCCCUCCGCCUCACCUCCUCCUUGUAGAACUUCUCUCUCUCUCUCUCUCUCUCUCUCUCUCUCUCUCUCUCUCUCUCUGUGUGUGUGUGUGUGUCUGUCUGUCUGUCUGUCUCUCUCUCCUCCCAGGACCUUUUUCUAACCUCCCUUGGAGGGCUGGGGAGGCCCGGGCCAUAGAGGAGAUGAGGGAGGACCUGCUCCUUGGCUUUUUGCUUCUGGGACUGCUUUGGGAAGCUCCAGUUGUGUCUUCAGGGCCUGGGAAAGAGCUCCCCGUGGUGUGGGCCCAGGAGGGAGCUCCCGUCCAUCUUCCCUGCAGCCUCAAAUCCCCCAACCUGGAUCCUAACUUUCUACGAAGAGGAGGGGUUAUCUGGCAACAUCAACCAGACAGUGGCCAACCCACUCCCAUCCCGGCCCUUGACCUUCACCAGGGGAUGCCCUCGCCUAGACAACCCGCACCCGGUCGCUACACGGUGCUGAGCGUGGCUCCAGGAGGCCUGCGCAGCGGGAGGCAGCCCCUGCAUCCCCACGUGCAGCUGGAGGAGCGCGGCCUCCAGCGCGGGGACUUCUCUCUGUGGUUGCGCCCAGCUCUGCGCACCGAUGCGGGCGAGUACCACGCCACCGUGCGCCUCCCGAACCGCGCCCUCUCCUGCAGUCUCCGCCUGCGCGUCGGCCAGGCCUCGAUGAUUGCUAGUCCCUCAGGAGUCCUCAAGCUGUCUGAUUGGGUCCUUUUGAACUGCUCCUUCAGCCGUCCUGACCGCCCAGUCUCUGUGCACUGGUUCCAGGGCCAGAACCGAGUGCCUGUCUACAACUCACCGCGUCAUUUUUUAGCUGAAACUUUCCUGUUACUGCCCCAAGUCAGCCCCCUGGACUCUGGGACCUGGGGCUGUGUCCUCACCUACAGAGAUGGCUUCAAUGUCUCCAUCACGUACAACCUCAAGGUUCUGGGUCUGGAGCCCGUAGCCCCUCUGACAGUGUACGCUGCUGAAGGUUCUAGGGUGGAGCUGCCCUGUCAUUUGCCCCCAGGAGUGGGGACCCCUUCUUUGCUCAUUGCCAAGUGGACUCCUCCUGGAGGAGGUCCUGAGCUCCCCGUGGCUGGAAAGAGUGGCAAUUUUACCCUUCACCUUGAGGCUGUGGGUCUGGCACAGGCUGGGACCUACACCUGUAGCAUCCAUCUGCAGGGACAGCAGCUCAAUGCCACUGUCACGUUGGCGGUCAUCACAGUGACUCCCAAAUCCUUCGGGUUACCUGGCUCCCGGGGGAAGCUGUUGUGUGAGGUAACCCCGGCAUCUGGAAAGGAAAGAUUUGUGUGGCGUCCCCUGAACAAUCUGUCCAGGAGUUGCCCGGGCCCUGUGCUGGAGAUUCAGGAGGCCAGGCUCCUUGCUGAGCGAUGGCAGUGUCAGCUGUACGAGGGCCAGAGGCUUCUUGGAGCGACAGUGUACGCCGCAGAGUCUAGCUCAGGCGCCCACAGUGCUAGGAGAAUCUCAGGUGACCUUAAAGGAGGCCAUCUCGUUCUCGUUCUCAUCCUUGGUGCCCUCUCCCUGUUCCUUUUGGUGGCCGGGGCCUUUGGCUUUCACUGGUGGAGAAAACAGUUGCUACUGAGAAGAUUUUCUGCCUUAGAACAUGGGAUUCAGCCAUUUCCGGCUCAGAGGAAGAUAGAGGAGCUGGAGCGAGAACUGGAGACGGAGAUGGGACAGGAGCCGGAGCCCGAGCCGGAGCCACAGCUGGAGCCAGAGCCCAGGCAGCUCUGACCUGGAGCCGAGGCAGCCAGCAGGUCUCAGCAGCUCCGCCCGCCCGCCCGCCCGCCCGAAUAAACUCCCUGUCAGCAGCAUCA